ACUCAGACGCUGCUCUUGUCGCCGGCAUCGCCAAUUCCACGGGCUUGGACGCUUCUCGUCCGGUUUCGAUCUUCCUGCUGCUAUCUUGAACGCUCAAUUGAUAUUUCCCCGCAGACCGCACCUCCCACAUUCACAAUGCCGCCUCGCGUACGCAUCUCGAGCGGCCGCAUCUCUCAGCCGGUCCGCCGCCAAAGGCUCUAUCGCCAUGAACUCCCUAUUGCUGCCAGAUAUGCCAGCACCGCGACGACUCCUGCCCCGUCAAUUGAGCAGAUGACACACUCUCCCGUCCCGAUUGCCCACUACCCUCCCUCGCAGCCUCCCUCGCACCGCAAUCCCGAGUACCGCAGGUCACAGCUCCUCCGGCAAUACACCUCCAUUAUCCGCACCAGCCCUCUCAUCGUCUUCUUCCAGCACGAUAACCUCCAAUCGGUCGAGUGGUCGGCUAUUCGCCGAGAGCUGAGCAAGGCCAUGCAGAAGGUGGACGAGAAGAUUGCCGCCGAAGGCCGGACCGCUCCCGCCGUAGCUCCGCACGUCAAGGUCCAGAUCGUCCAGACGCGCAUCUUCGAGGUCGCCCUCCGUAUCGUGGAAUACUUCCGACCCAGCCAGGCGACAUUGGAAAGUGGUCUCCCGGUCAGCGCCGUCAACCCGGGGACGCAAACAUCCGCCGAAAUCCCUCUCACGGGAUCGCGGGACGACCCAUCUCUCUCCCACGACCUUUCCCGUACUGCCUACGAAGCCGUGUCGAACAUGAAGGGCAAGCACGAACUUUCUUCGCUCCUCGUCGGUCCCCUGGCCGUGCUCACCAUCCCCCACGUUUCCCCGGAACAUUUGAAGGCUGCAUUGACGGUUCUGGCCCCUAAGGCGGUUGGUCUCCCUGCGCCGCCGCGCAAGGCCAACCCGGGCUGGCAUGAAAUCCCCGUUCAGAACGGGUUGAGCAAGCUUUCUUUGACUGCUGCUCGUAUUGAUGGCCAGCUCUUCGACGCUGAGCAGUCCAAGUGGGUCAGCAGCAUCGAGGGUGGUAUUGAUGGCUUGCGUUCGCAGGUUGUCAUGGCCCUGCAGACCAUGGGAUCUAGCAUUACGAAUGCUCUGGAGGGCGCUGGAAAGAGCCUUUACGUCACGCUUGAGAGCAGGAAGCAAGAUAUGGAGGAGAAGGAGAAAGGCCCGGACGACAAGAACAAGGGUGAUUCUGCGUGAACAGUCUAAGCCUGUUUCAUUUGUCUGUCCGGCUUUCUAUGUAUAAUAAAAUCUCUUGUACUUCUCCCCUUGUGUUGUUUUCUUUUUCUUUUCUUUACCCUUCAAGACCAUGAUUGUUUUAGCACAUGACGUUUCUUUAGAACAGGAGUCCAAGUUCUAGGUACAAUUACAUACUCAGUUUCAC